UUACUGUCUACUAGAGUUUUUCAAAUGCAUAAUCCAAGAUGCAAAUCCCUAAUUAUCUUCAUUCAACUUGUUUCCAUCAUUGGUUUUUGCCACUAUGUAAUUGGAAUAAGAGGUGAAGAUAAUAACACUAGUGCUGUAAAGAUGGAUGUGGGAAUAAUUCUUGAUCUGGAAACAGAAGUAGGAAAAGUAAUGCACAUAUCUAUCUUACUAGCUCUUGCGGAUUAUCAUGCCAACACUAGUCGCGGUGCCAUAAGGAUAGUUCCUCAUAUCAGGGAUUCAAAGAAAGAUGAUGUUGAAGCAGCAUCAGCUGCCAUAUACUUGCUAAAGGAUGUCCAAGUGCAAGCUAUCUUUGGGCCACAAAUGUCUACUCAAACUGAUUUUGUGAUCGACUUAGGGAACAGAGUAAAAGUCCCUAUAAUUUCUCCAGCAACAAGUCCUUUACUUACAGUCAAGGAAAAUCCCUUCUUCAUCAGAGGAGCACUUCCUUCUUCCAGUCAGACUAAAGCCAUUGCAGCAAUUGUUAAAAACUAUAAUUGGAGGGAGGUUGUAGUAAUCUAUGAGGAAAGCCCCUAUGGAACCUGGUAGAUACUUCAGUAAUUGAGUCAUCA